UAUAUUCAUUCGCUAAAACCCUAACACAUAAAUAAAACUCACUCUAAAAAAAACAACAAAGCAAUUAUUAUUAUUAUUAUUAUUAUUAUUAUUAUUAUUGUUAACAAUGGCGGAAUCUGGACCAGUAGAACAACAACAACAACAACAAGAAGUAGUGUCUUUGAAAGAUAAAGGAAAUGAAUAUUUCAAGGCUGGAAAUUACUUAAAAGCAGCUGCCAUUUACACUCAAGCCAUCAAGAAAGAUCCUUCUAAUCCUACCCUUUUCAGUAAUCGUGCGGCUGCAUUUUUAAAUCUUGUUAAGCUCCAAAAAGCUCUAGCUGAUGCCGAAACCACGAUAUCUUUGAAUCCCACCUGGGAAAAGGGUUACUUUAGGAAAGGGUGCGUAUUAGAGGCGAUGGAGCGAUACGAUGAUGCGUUGGAUGCUUUUAAUAUAGCUUCACAGCACAAUCCACAAAGUACCGAGGUGUCAAGAAAGAUCAAGAGGCUUACACAAUUGUCAAAAGAUAAAAAGCGGUCGGAAGAAGUUAACAGUUUGAGAUCCAACGUUGAUCUCGCAAAGCACUUGGACGCUUUCAAGUCGGAAUUGGCACACAAGCAUGUAGGUGAGGAAUCUUGGAAAGAUAUUUUCUCUUUCGUUGUGGAAACAAUGGAGAGUGCUGUUAAAUCAUGGCAUCAGACGUCCAAUGUCGAUGCUAGAGUUUAUUACCUGUUUGAUAAGGAAAAAACCGACACUGAGAAAUAUGCACCUGUUGUCAAUAUUGAUAAGGCAUUUGAGUCACCCCAUACACAUGGUGACUGUGUUUCCUUUUUGAGGCAAUAUGCUGUGGACUCAAUCUCUAGAGCAGCAUGCUUGGUUGCACCGAAGAAUAGCAUAUCAUACCCACAGGCUUUUUAUACAUGAUCUAAGGGGAAGUAUGGGAAACGCCUAGAGGCUAAGUUUUCUCCUUUUCUUUUACCUUUUUUUUUUUGUAUGUGUAUCUCUCAUAAAAAUUCUUCUUAAACAUGAGUACGAAGUCUUUACGAUUAUUGUUGAAGGCCAAAUUACCUACAUUAAUCUAUUUUACGUAUCAAAGGUAUGUAAAGUUGGCAGCUGCUUCUACUUCAUUCUGACUCCGGUCUCCGGAACACUGGAAUUUUAAAGGCCACAUAUCAUUUCCCUUCCAUUUUAACUGUAAUCAGUUCAUUUUUCAUAUUGUUACUUUAAAAGGCCAAAAAUCAACAAUCUUUUUUUUCUUUUGCAUUUCUAUUUUAUUAUGUGGACUCUGAGAAAGCAGCGUAAAGACUCACUCAUAGGAGGAAUACUGCUAUAGUAGUAAGAUAUCCCUUUGGAAAGUAAUUUGUUCUAGCUGUAAGAAUUUGUGUCAUCAUUGAUGUCAGACAUAUAUCUAUUAAUCCGUCUCCGAUUGAUGGUUUCUCUAGGAUUGUAGCUUAUGUGCUUUCCCUCUAUAAUUUUUCUUUUUACUGAGCAUAGAUCAUACAGUCAUAUGCCUUGGACUAUGGGGAAUCCAUUUGUCGGGGUCAAAUAAAUAAAUGAGCAAAUGGAAUAUGAAAUGGCAUAUCUUGGUUAAUGAAAACACAUCAUUCCUGAAUUCUAAGGUAAUAAUUGUAGUAACGAUCAUAAGAGUGGACAAAAGUACCUGGUUUUGAAAAUACACCCACUGUAAAACAUUACUCUGAAUUCAAUGUAUUUAUUUCAGAAUAAUUAACAGAUAAAUAUUUUUUUAACAAUAUGCUAGUAUGCUACAGUGUUUUGAAAA